AUGGCUACUGGAAAAGGAUCUGGCUCAAAGUUAAACCGUCUUCAAUUUAAACAAAAACUUGUAACAUCGUCAGCAAAACCAAUUACUACACAAGAGCUGCUAAAACGUCUAAAGAAUUUAUUUGGGGAAAUUUCUAAAACGGAUCAAGAAGAGAUUGAAACUGAAUCUUUGAAGACUGUGACUCGUGAACUUAUACAUAAUACUCUGCUCUCCCAUAAAGAUAAAGGUGUGAAAGCUUACGUCGCUUGUUGUAUAUCUGAUCUUUUGAGACUUUACGCGCCGGAUGCUCCAUAUACUGAUAAGGAACUAAGGAUCAUUUUUGAAUUUUUUGUUCGCCAAUUUCAAAACGUCGCCGACACAAAUGGAACAUAUUUCGAUCUUUAUUUUCAUUUGCUCGAAAAUUUGGCUAGGGUAAAGAUAGUCUUGUUAAUAUUGGAUUUACAAAAUCAUGAAGAGCUUUUAUGUGAUUUAUUCAAAAUCAUAUUCGACAUCGUCAGACCGGAUAUGUCAAAUACUGUUCGCUUGCAUAUGGCGGACAUUCUUGAGCAGUUAAUAAAUGAAAGUCAUUCAUUACCUCAGGAUGUCAUCGAUAUUAUACUUGCACAAUUCUUACAAAAACGAAAA